CUCAGGAUUUGGACUUAAAUCAGUCAUGUGACAUGGACAUAGCUGGGAUGACCUUCAGCAAGCAGAUUUUCCAGGAAUAAUACAUGGAGGAAUCAUGCCUCCCUAAUCUCUGUAUGCAAGAAGCUUUCAAUAUGGUGACUGGGCGCAUGGACGAGAGGAAAGAAAAGCAGAGGAGGAACAGAGCCCUCUCAUAGCCAAAGCAAGAUCUCCACUGGCUGUAAGUGCUACAGACGACAGACCGUCUCCCCAUCUUCCCAAAAAUGAUGGAAAACAAAGUGUUUAUGUCAUUUAUGUUCUACAGCACAAUCUUGAUUUUAAAAAUGUACGUUGUUGCCAUCAUUACGGGACAAGUAAGGCUCAGAAAGAAGGCAUUUGCUAAUCCAGAGGAUGCACUGCGAAAUGGAGGCCUGCAGUACUACCGUGAGGACCCUGAUGUGGAGCGAUGCCGUAGGGCCCAUCGGAACGACAUGGAGAACAUCUUUCCCUUCCUCUUCCUUGGAGCUGUCUACUCCUUGCUGAACCCCAGUCCCACAGUGGCCAGGAUUCACUUCUUCAUCUUCUGUGUGGGGCGCAUUGUCCACACCGUGGCCUACCUUCUGCGGCUGAAAGCACCCACCCGCUCCGUGGCCUACAGUGUCGCCCAGCUGCCCUGCUUUUCCAUGGCUCUGCAGAUCCUCAUUGCGACAAUCCCAUAUUGGUAACACUGAACAAAAUUGGAUGCUCAAA